AUGAAGUUCCUUCUCACUCUUGGGCUCCUCAGUGGUGCCCUUGCUGCUCCAGCCCCGGGUUCAGGCAAGCAUGGGGCACAGUCAUUCGACAUGCCUCUGCAAUGGACGCCUUUUGGUUUCACGACAGACACAAUCACGAUCGGUAACCCACCUCAGAAGGUCGAUUCCUUUGUUGACUGGACCUGGAUCGGCCAGUAUGUGUUCACGCCGCGCUGUCAUGGAAGCCUAUCGAGAACAUACGAGUGUUUGCAGCCCUCGCAGACACUUUUCAACCAGACCGAAUCCCACACUUUUGUCAACCAGUCACGUCUAUUUCCUAAUCGUGUCUGGAACCCAAAUCACUUCUUCUUCUACGACGAUCUCUCGGUCGGCUUCGGCUCGGAUAUCCAGCGUGUCGGCCAGCAAGACGCCCGAGUGACCCUGCAGAUGGCUGAUAUGCACUUCAAACUCGAUUUUGCAUAUCCCUUCUCCGGGGUCUACGGCCUCUCGCCUGUCUUUCGCAGGGAUAAUGCCUCGACGCAGUCGCCCUUUUACCAGAUGUGGCGACGCGGCGCUUAUCGCUCGCCCAUCACCUCAUUCCAGUACUGCUACAACAGCACAUUCGGCAACCCGGCGCCUGCUCGUGAGCGUUGCAACGGCCACGACGGCCUGCAGACUCUAGGCGGCUUGUCGCCGGCUCUAACAAAGCGCGGACGCGAUGCUGCAUCGUCCAUCCUGUGGUACAAGAACAUCUUUUUCCCCAUCGUUAACGACAUCAACUUCGAGUACGAUCCCCCGAUAUACAACUACUGGGCCGUGCGCUUGACCAAGCACCUCAUCGGCGACGAAGAGCAAGCCUUGAAUACCACGUACGGCGGCAACCCAGGGGCCAUCUUCGACCACGCCAGCUACGGCCACGGCGUUCCCAUGUCCGUGAACAGCUAUCAGCGACUUAUCCAGAUCACCAACGGUCAGCCACUCACGCUUGAAGAGGACCAGCUUCCCAACAACGGUAAUCAAUCAUUUGUGUCUGUGGACUGCAACAAGGUGUCUUCAUUUCCUCCUCUGAAAUAUCAAUUUCAAGGUCACGACCGACUGUGGGAAGUGAUUCCGGAGAACUACGUGGAGAAAAUCUCCUUGCCAAAUGUCACUGAGCCCACUUGUGUAUUGAACGUGCGUACCUUGGGAGAGGGAAAUUUUGUCAUUGGAAACUUUGGCGACACGUUUGCCAAAGAUAAGAUCGUGCUGUUUGAUUUCGAGAAGAUGAAGGUGGGACUGGCAGAUAUGCCGAAUUAG